AUGGAAGUAAUCGCACAUAUCCCCGAACUGGAAGAUUCUCAAUACUGCACGGAGGUGAUGCACCUUAGUGUUGGCAAGUCGGAACUGCAGCAUGAUCGAGAGAUUCUGAAGAAAGCACAUGGUCUUGGUAUCAUGGCUACCUUACCAUCUGUCGCUGACGCCAAGCGUGUCACCUCGAGUGCCUCGGACUCAACAGAGUCUACAUCACGGGAGAAGACCUUUUCCACUAUUUCAGAGGCAUCCACAGCAUACCUCACGCCUCAUUCGUCCAUCUAUGGAGGUCCUAGUCCCAACCUCUCAUCUAUCGACGGCAACAUCAACAGACCGAAUGGCAAGGCUAUGAACUUUGCUUCAUACGAAAAGUACAUCUCCCAAAUCGACACUGUCCACGAGGAACCGCGUCCCCGGAAGUCAAGUCUUGUUGUAGAGGGUUCUGGUCACAGUAUAUUCAGUGUCAGUCGGAGGAAGAGCAUAUCGGGGGUUACUACAGGUUUCCGGAACAGAAUGAGACUUAGGAAGAAGCCAACCCGUUUAUUUGAAACUCCGGUAUGCUGCUUCACAUGCCAUGCUCCCUUCAACAAAGCCACUGGCCUGAGAAGUUUACCUUGCGGCCACGCAAGCUGCACGGAUUGUCUGAGAGAUUUGGCCCUUCAGGCCGUCAAGGAUGAGUCGAGUAUGCCUCCGAGCUGUUGCGCUCAGCCAGUACCUGCUGAAACGCUGCAGCAGUCUCUGGAAAUUGAUGUCCAAGAGAGGUUUCUAAGAGCCGUUCAUCAGUACAGCAUACCUCGGGAAUCUAGGAUCUUUUGCUGCAACGAUUCCUGUGGAGAGUUUAUCCCGCCACUGAAAAGAAUUGACCCCAAUAUACCCUCUGCAGUCACCUGUCUCAAGUGCCAAACCAGGGUUUGUUCCACGUGCAAACAAAUUGCGCACUCAAUCGGUACACACUGCCCCGAGGAUUGGGAGCUACUAGAUGCGCUCAAGAUUGGUGGUCAGAGCAGCUGGCGCCGGUGCUAUAGAUGUCGCAAGUUGGUCGAGCUCACAGACAGCACAGGUCCAGCAACAUGCACUUGUCAUGCACAAUUUUGCCACGCUUGUGGAGGCGUAUGGGAUAUUGCUAGCGGCUGUCCUAAUGUCUGCAAUGGCGAAGAGGGAUUGACUAAAAGACGCCAACAGGAAGAAAAGCGAGCCGCGCAGGCAAAGGCAGCACAGGAUGCCGAACAAGAGGAAUGCGAAAAGCGGUCAUCAGCACACCCCAGCAUGGUGGAUUUGAUGUUGUCACAAGUGCAGGAGAAGCAACGGCUUUUGGAUUUCAGAACGUCGGCUGAAAGCUCUCUGAAAGCGAGACAUGCCGCUGAGGAGGCUGCAUUACUGAACAAGAAGGCCGAGGACAAAGAAGCCUUGAAAGUGCAGCAUUCCAAGGCAGUUAGUCAACUCGAGGACCAUCAGAUUGCCGAGGAGCUGGAUCUAAGGACAUCGCUACAGCAAGCGGAAAAGAGCAUUAAAGUUCGAAUCAAGCACAUGGAGGCAUAUUGCGAUGGAUUAGGACAAAGCCCAACUGAAUCAACCCUGCCACCCCGUGUCGUUACGGAGCAAAAUCUCCGUGAUUUGGGGCAUCAGUACAACUUGCGGGACGACAUGGAACGACAGCAUCAGUCAAAGAUUAACAUGAUGCGAGAUCGUCAGUCGAAAAAGAUGGAAAAUCUUCUGGAAAAACAUGAGGAAGAUGUGGAAGCGCAAGCGAACGCGGAUCAGACGGCUAAAGAAGAGAUGUGCAAGAGACACAAACAAGAAGAGGACCAAUUCCACAACAUAUUUGACGGACGCCAAGCUCGAACCACCGCUAGAUGGGCUUUAGCCAUUGAAGUUCUUUGCAAGGAACUGCAAGAGCAAGAUGGUUUGAGAUACGCCGUGGUAGAUCCGCCAUCCUGGGAGGAGAAAGCUGCGCUCGUGCAUGGUCAAGUUUGA